AUGCCCCAAUUAAACCCUAACCCAUGAUUCACCAUCAUAAUCCUAACCUGAUUUACCUUCUCCCUUCUUAUUCAACCUAAACUACUAUCGUUUAUCCCCACAAACAGCCCCAUGAACAAAACUGUAACAACAAAACCCUCUCCCUGAAUCUGACCAUGAACCUAA